AUGGGACUGGUGGCCAAGCGCACAUCGGGGGCACAGGCCGCUGGCGGGAUGCUGGGAGACUCAGACCUGGACUUGAGGGGACAUGGCCUCACAUUCCGGAGGGCUCCACCGAUGUGGGGUCCACCCACUGAUCCCCAGCCAUCCUCAUGCCCCCCAUUCUGCAGCACCACCUCGGGGGGCCUCGGUUGGUCCCCAGACUGUACACCCUGCCUGCCUGCCCGCCCAGCCUGGGUCCGCGUCUGUCCACCAGCUGCUGCUGCGACCAGAGAGCACCCGGCCCACGUUGGGUCCCCAGGGCUUUCUCCUGCACAAAGAGUGGAUAGCGACCCCCGUGUGAGGGCCAGAGGGACGAGACAGGCUGGGGACUGGCUCUUUUCACCCCAGCGCGUGGGGUCGCUCACCCACAGGGCUGCCUCAGAUUUUGUACACCCGAAGCGUCCUCUUCGUGUGCGUGCUGUGUCUGUGUGCGUGCAAGCGAGCGAGCGUGGACUCUCUGAGAAACAUGCAUUUUGGCACAAGACUCAUGACAUCACACACUUCAUUCUCUUUGAGGCCCUGCUUUCACCUUAA